AAUAAUAGUAGCGAUAAACAUAAGUGAAGAGCCUAUAUAUAUGGCGAAAAGAGUUGAACUCAUUCACAAAAAUCAAAUUAAAAAACAAAAACCAGAGUAACACUCUCUUCUUCAUUAUGUGGUUUGGUAAGAAAAUUGUCUCAACAACUCAUCAGUUGUCCAAAAUGUCGAUAAUAAUGGUGGCUAUAGCAGUGCUAGCUUUGUUGACCAGUACAAAUUGUGUAGAGGGGCAAAAGGGUAAAAAGAUAGGGAGCUUUGAGUACAUGGCAAUUAGCUGUAGAUCCCAUAGUGCGUCGUUGACUGAUUUUGGUGGAGUUGGAGAUGGAACGACAUCAAAUACAAAGUCGUUUCAGGCAGCCAUGAAUAGUUUGAGUCGUUUCUCAUCGAGUGGAGGCUCUCUUCUCUUUGUUCCACCUGGAAAAUGGCUCACUGGAAGCUUCACUCUCAUCAGCCAUUUCACUCUAUAUCUCCAUAAAGAUGCUGUUCUUCUAGCUUCACAGAAUGAAAAUGAGUGGCCAGUGAUUAAACAAUUACCAUCAUAUGGUAAAGGCAAAUACGGGGAAACUGGACGAUUCAGAAGUCUCAUUUUCGGAACAAAUCUCAAUGACGUCAUUAUCACGGGGGACAAAGGGACGAUUAAUGGCCAAGGUGAUAUAUGGUGGAAGAAGUCAAGAACUCUAAAGUACACUCGCCCCUCUCUCAUCGAACUCAUCUACUCUACAAAUAUUCAGAUUUCUCGUCUCAAUCUCCUCAAUUCUCCCUCUUGGCACAUUCAUCCUGUUUAUUCCAGUAAUAUUAUUAUUCAAGACCUUAGGAUCAUUGCUCCAAUAAACUCUCCAAAUACUGAUGGAAUCGAUCCAGAUUCAUGCUCAAACAUGAGAAUUGAAGACUGCUACAUAGUGUCCGGGGACGAUUGUGUGUCACUAAAGAGCGGUUGGGACCAAUACGGGUUAGCCUUUGGAAUGCCAACCAAACAGGUCAUAAUAAGGCGUCUCACAUGCUUAUCUCCACAACAAGCUGUAAUCACCUUAGGCAGUGAAAUGUCAGGGGGAAUCCAAGACAUUAGGGUGGAAGACAUAGUCACCACCAACACCAAAUCCGGUGUCCGAAUCAAAACUGCCAUAGGCCGAGGCGGCUUCGUAAAAGACAUCUAUUUCAGAAGAAUGAACAUGAAAAACAUGAGGCAUGUGGUGCUUAUGACUGGUGAUUACAACACUCACCCUGACCAAGGCUACAAUCGCAAGGCUUUUCCUUUGGUUCGUAACAUUAAUUACCGUGACAUUGUUGCUGAGAGUGUGAGAAUGACAGCCCAGUUGGAUGGGAUUUCUGGUCACCCUUUUGAUGGACUUUGCUUCUCUAAUGUCACGGUUUCAUUGUCAGCCAUUGCUGAGAAAUCGCAGUGGAAUUGUAGUGAUGUUAGUGGUGUUUCGAGUGGUGUGGUUCCUAAGGCUUGUGGGCUUUUGAAGGACCAGCAGAAGACUAAUUGUUACUUUCCUAAUGAUGUCUUGCCUAUUGAGAAGGUUGUGCUCAAGAAGUGCUUUGUCAAAUGAUAAUCAUUAAUGAUUGUUUUUGAGUGUGUUUAAUUUGUCAGAUAUGAAAUAAUGUUUUUUUUUUUUAAAAAAAUAAUAAAUAUAUAUGUUGUUUUACAUGAUUCAUUUUUAUACCAUGUCUAUGUGCGUGCAUUAA